AGUGCCGAAUCAACACCUAGUUUCUCUAGCCAAGUGUCCCACAUUGCUCCAGUCCUGCGUCGCCAGUAACGAGAGUUUGAUACUGUGUGGUCUGUGUGGAGCAGGAAACGCGAAGAUGCAACGAUAAUUUGCAUUCUUAAUUUUGACUCGUCAAUUGUUGAUCGUGAAUAGUGAGGGUGUUAAAAUAAAAACGAUCAUUGAUAUGAAAAUAAUUGUUAAUUAUGGGUUAAUUACGGGUUGGUGCAUCAUUUGCGGAGAUCCACGGUGAUGUCCAUGGUGCCUUGAUACUCGUGCAUAAAUGCUGUUACUUGCGACGUGUUCGACGUAGUCGCAGGAGAAAUUUGUUCGGAGUGUGUAUACGUGUGGCAAUCUUCGGUCACAGCGGUCACGAGACACGAGAAUAAUUUUACCUUAUAUGCACGUUGGUAUUCCUUGAGUAAUUAAUUCUAAUUGAGCAGUAAUAAUUAACAAGUUGCAACGGUACUGAAAAUUGCAGUCGAAGAUACGUCUACAUUUAUACGCGUUUCGUGAGGUUGAAUCAAUCCGAAUUUCGAUACUCGAUUUUCGAAGUCGAAACUUUUCAACGAAUUAUUUCUGACUGGGAAGUAGUAUACGCUAUGACGAGAAAGAAGAGAGGCAUCGGCGUACAAAGAACCGGAUGGUUAUCAUUCCGACAGCAAUGGACGCCGAGGCAAAACAAUUAUAUUUACGUUCCUCCUAGUUAUGCUUUCGGCAGCACACACAUCAAGGAGAAUCCUAAUUUUAAAUACCAUCAUGACCUGCGCGACAAGUUUCGGCCGAACAACUUGCCGCACAGAGAUCGUAUGGCAAGUAUGAUACCAUGGCUGUUGUCAAUGUCGCUUAUGAGCGCACCACAAUUCGCUGCUCACACAGGCCCCAGUAUAUUAUCUAGAGAGCUUCAAGCACCCGCGUUGCCGUUAACUCAGCCGUCAGUUUCCACUCCGCAAUUUUCUUCGACACGCACGGUCAAUUACAAAGGCUCGAUCUCGGCCUACGAUGAACACAUUAACUCGUCAAAAUUAGCAGCGCUCCCUGCAAGCGCUCCUUACGGAUUGACGCCGCUAUUGCAGCAUCAUGUUGCGACAUCUAACCUGGGAAGAAGCGAUUUUUCAAGACCUACUGGAAGAGCUAUUGAUACAUUUCACGUGGAUCCUCACUUAGUGAACCAAUUAGAUUUUCACGAUUUUGGUGACAGUUUCGAACCGGGACAUAUCACGGACGACUAUGUUGGACCAGCUAUGGAACUAGUAUACGCGUGGUCCACGAUCGAUUUUGAAUUUAACAAUAUCGACGAACGAGACGACGCUAUAUUCAAGGGCGAGUAUAUAGCUGAAAAUAAUUUACCUCUGGGCUUGGAUGUUUGGAAGGACAAGGUCUUCAUCACCCUUCCGAAAUGGAAAGCUGGUAUACCGGCGACUUUAUCCACUGUGCCGAGAUAUUCGAAGACGAAGAGCCCGAAAUUGAAACCAUAUCCCAACUGGCACUGGCAUCAAUCAGAAAGCUGUGACGGACUGACGUCUAUCUUUCGCGUCCAGGUAGACGAGUGCGAUCGUCUAUGGGUUCUCGAUUCUGGCAAGACGAACCUCGCCGUAAAAUCUAAACAAGUCUGCCCUCCCGCGAUAUAUAUCUUCGACCUUCGCACCGACACCCUCAUCAGGAAAUACACCUUACCGGAUGAGCAAAUCAAACAGGACUCCUUAUACAUUAACAUCGCGGUGGAUAUCAGAGAUAACGACUGUGGCUCUGCGAUAGCAUACUUAUCUGACGUUUGGCGAUAUGGUCUCGUCGUCUAUGAUUUCUUCAAGGACUUUGCUUACAGAGUUGAGCAUCACUUUUUCUACCCCGACCCACUGGCUGCCAGAUACGAACUGCAUGGUAUAAAAUUCCAAUGGACCGACGGGAUAUUUGGAAUAGCUCUCAGUCCUGUAGAUGUUCACAACGACAGAACAUUGUUCUUUCACCCAAUGUCCAGCUUUCGUGAGUUUGCUGUGUCCACGUCGAUUUUCUGGGACAAAAGAACCGCUGAUCGAAACACGGAGAAAUUCAUGCCCGUUGGGCGGCCCAGAGCGAAGGACUACGGCCAUGCUUCAGGAUCUGCCAUCGAUAAGACGGGCGUUAUGUUCUUCAACAUGGUCACCAGAGACUCCGUGUGGUGUUGGGACACCAGAAAAGAAUACAUACCACAAAAUCUUGGAGUGAUCGGAACUAGCAAUGUAUCUUUAGUGUUCCCGAAUGACAUUAGAGUAGACCACGAGCACGAUCAAAGUGUCUGGCUGCUGUCGAAUCGCUUACCGAUGUAUCUAUAUGGAACUUUAAACAGUGGCAGCAUAAAUUACAGAGUAUUUAAAGCGAAUGUUAAAGACGCUGUCAGGGAUAGCGUCUGUGAUCCUAAUUACGUAGUUCCUGACUCGGAUCCGGGCUUUGAUGAUAUCUGCUAAAAGAAACUGUAAAUUGAUGCAACUGAAAUUGAGAUCACAUACGAUCGUGCAAGGAAAAAUCAGAAAACACUUCGAUCGAAGUGUGCUCUCUGCAGUAAAACUCAAGCUCUGUUCAGUCAUUCUACUAAGCGACAAUUAACAAAUUAACAAUUUCACCGAGUGAAAUACCAUUUUAAUUAUAUGUGUAACAUAUAACUCUCAGAAGAAAAAUAUCUCCAUUGUUUUCUUCUUUUAAGAUAUCAUGUGAAUAUUUAUUAUAAUAUAUUUCUGAAAUGAUCACCAAUCAUACAAUUUGAUGAACUAAAUGGCCCAAUAUGAGUGUGUCUUCGUAUGAAAUUGAAUACGUUGCACAUUUGUUGACUAAAUAUUACGACUUAAAUGGUACAGUUCCG